AUGUCUCAAUUCAAAUUCGCCAAUUCCACCGCUCCCGUGCCCGGCAAGGGGGGCCCUCCACCUCCCGAAUUCGCAAUCACCACCCCCGCCUCUACAGACAUCUGGUCCAAACCCCCGUCCACCACCCGCUUCUCCGCGCCCAUCCUCUACCAAUCCAUGCCACUCACCUCCUUUAAACGCGCGCGAGUCGCCAUCAACGCCCCAUGGAAACACCUCUACGACCAAGGCGGCCUCAUCCUGGUCCUGCGCCACGCAGACGGGACCCAGAAAUGGGUGAAAGCGGGCAUCGAACUAACCCACGGCAAGCCGCAUCUGGGCGUGGUGGCGAAGGACCGGUGGGCGGAUUGGAGCCUGUUGCCCGUGCCGUCGGGUGGAAGGGCGGCGACGAUUGAGAUGGUUCGGGAGGCGGAUGAUAGUUUGUGGAUCUAUCUGGUGGAGGGGGUGCAGAAGUCGCCGAUUCGCGAGGUGACGUGGAUAUUUCAGGAGGAAGGGGUAGAGGAGAUUUGGGUGGGAGUAUAUGCGGCGAGGCCUGGGGGUGAAGGGGGGAGUUGUCGGUUCACUUUGGACAUUUGA